CUCUCGCAGUGGCGCCUUGCUUGGAUUAGCGAGAAAGAACUAUCGUCCUUCCUCCUGGAUCCACAGACUGGCAACUUCCACAGCUGGCUUUUCGAUAUUCUAAUGGAUUUUGAUGUUCACAAAAGGGUUGCAAGAGAGGUCCAGAACAAUCCUCAAGCAGAAAUUCUAGAAAUGCUGGUCAGCCAAUGCCACGAUGCUGAGGUUAUGAGCCGAGAAACCCGUGACUUUCGCAAAAUUGUUCUGAGAAUCUUGUACCUGAAAUUGGAUGUUCAUUGGCUAGCUGCCUUUGUAAGUAGGAAGAGGCACAAGGAGGCCAAGGGGUUUAUCAAGCAGCUUCUGGAAGAGUUGAGGAAGAGACGGCGUGAAGAACGACGGAAG